GUGCCGACACUCAGCACUUUGACACGUUUGGAGUAAUUAAAGGACAACAAAUCAAGGCCGUUUUGGGAACAUCAGCAAAUUCUCAUUUCUCUGAACAGGUUUGGCCUCCUGAGGUCCGUAGAAGAGGCUCGUCCCUGUUCCCCUCACUAUGGCCAGCGGGGAGGAUGAUGACCCCAUCAUACAAGAGAUCGAUGUUUACCUGGCCAAAGGUCUUGCAGAAAAGUUGUAUUUGUUUCAGUAUCCGAUACGUCCCUUCACUAUGACCUAUGACGAUGUAACUCAUCUAUCUGCCAAAAUCAAACCAAAACAACAGAAGGUGGAACUGGAGAUGGCUUUGGACACCAUGAGUCCAAACUAUUGCCGCAGUAAAGGGGAACAGAUUGCCCUGAAUGUGGAUGGUACUUCCAUGGAGGAUUCCAACACCUACUCCAUGAAAAUGAUGGACAAACAGACCUUUUCAUCCAUCCAGGCCACUACAGAUACGUCCCGCUACGCCGCAGCGGUGUUACGGAAAGGGGAACUGCAUCUCACUCCGUUACAAGGCAUCCUUCAGAUGAGACCCAGCUUCUCGUACCUGGACAAAGCCGACUCCAAGCACCGCGAGAGGGAAGCAGCGAAUGAAGGUGGAGAUUCCUCUCAGGACGAGGCGGAGGAUGAAGUCAAACAGAUAACGGUCAGGUUUUCUCGACCCGAGUCUGAGCAGGCCCGUCAGCGCCGUAUUCAGUCCUACGAGUUCCUCCAGAAGAAACAAGCGGAGGAGCCCUGGGUUCACCUGCACUACCACGGCUUGAAGGAUUCUCGCUCGGAGCACGAGCGACAGUAUCUUUACUGCCAGUCUAUGGGCCCUUCAGAGAACACAGAGCUGGUGAAAACACGAAGUGAAUACCUGGCUAUGCUCAUGCCUCCCGUGGCCGAGGAAAAGGCCGUUAAGCCGGUGGGACCCAGCAAUGUGCUCUCCAUGGCCCAGCUGCGCACCCUGCCCCUCGGAGACCAAGUGAAGACCCUGAUGAAGAAUGUCAAGGUUAUGCCCUUUGCCAACCUCAUGGGCUUGCUGACCCCGGGCACAGAUUCCACCGCUGUACUGCGAUGCAUCCAGCAGGUGGCGAUGCUUGUCCAGGGAAACUGGGUGGUUAAAAGCGAUGUGCUCUACCCGAAGACCAGCUGCAGUCCUCACAGUGGAGUUCCUGCAGAGGUGCUCUGUCGGGGGCGGGACUUUGUGAUGUGGAGAUUCACACAUGUGCGAUCUCUGAUGAGAAAAGAGGUUGCUUCCAUCAUUAAGCUGCCCCCUGAGGAUGUGAAAGACUUUCUGGAGCAGAUGUCUGUUCCCAGAGCAAACAGAGGCUGGGAAUUCCUCUUGCCAACUGACAAUGACUUUGUUAAAAAACACCCCGAUGUGGCACAGCGACAGAAGAUGCUAUGGCUUGGCAUUCAGACCAAGUUGGAGAAAGUUUUUAACUUCUCUAAAGAGGAUUUCUUGCCAAAGAAGGAUGCGCAAAUGGAACCAGCGCACGUUAGCGGUGAACAGCGUCUCAAGAUGGCCCGAGAGCGGGCUCGGGAGAACCACGGCUCCCUGCAGAAGGAUCUGGACGCACGUCGAGCGCAGGCCGGGUCGGCCAACACGGGCAAAAAACCCGACGGUGCCAGUCAAGCGGUUUGUGUGAAAGAGGAGCCUCUUAGUGAUGGCGAGGAGCCCAUGGACACCUCCUCUGCGCUCUUCAACGGCUCCGUCAACGGUUACCCUACCUCCCCCUACACGGACCCUCAUAACGGGCACGGGGCCGGGCACGCCCCCGUCCCCGAGCUCCAAGACUUUGUUCAGAGUUUGUUCCGGAAGCACUUUGUGCUGUGCCUGAGCGAGGUGAAGCGUUUGUUUAACUUACACCUGGCGAGUCUCCCCGCCGGGCACUGCGAGUUGGGCAGCGUCACGGACCGCAUGCUGCAGGACACCAUCCUGCGGAGCAACUGCAGACAGAUCUUUGUGCCUUUCCCCCCUCAGAGUACGGCUUCUGCAGAGGAGCAGAAAGUCUUUGGUUUGUGGGAGAGCGGAGAAACCUUUGACAAGCACCGACAAGUUCUGUUUGACAUCUUCAACACCAACUACCGCGUCCGGAGAAACGUCAUUCAGACGCGACUCACGCAGGAGUUUGGUGAUUCAGUCACCAAGGCCGAUGUUGACAAGCUGCUGAAGGAGUGCUGUGUUAGCCUGGGAGGGAUGUGGUACCUCAGAGGCACGGUGCAGUCCUGACAGUGAGUGAAAGGAGACCUGUUGGAUCCUGUCAAUCAAUCAAAGUCUCUCUCUGUGGAGUUCAGUGAGAGUGAACUCUGCACAGGGAAGUGGAGCAGACUCAUGGGCCAAUCACUGCCCCUCACCUGGCACAGACCAUGAAAGAAAGUGGGGGGGUUGGGGGUUGGGGGAGAUAGGGGAAAUGUCCAUCAACUGCUCUGAGGCACCUGCUUCUAUGAAUCCCUCUGGAUGUAUAGCUGAGCAUCGGCAAAAACCAGAAACGGUCUGAAAGCAAACACACCUCACAACGUAUUCACGAAAAACAAAAAGGGCUGGAGAACAACAUGGAUCAGUUGUUUGUGUUUAUAUGAAAAUUUCAAGAGUUGGGAGACGC